AUGAGCAGCAGCAAGACGAGCGGCCACACCAGCAGAGGCAGCAGCAGCAGCAGCAACUGCUACACUGGCGACGCCACUGGCAGCAGCAACAGCAGCACCGACAGCAACAGCAGCAACAACUGCAUCAGCAGCAACGCAGUAGGUGUCCCUUCGCUGGGGGCUCUGGCCUCUUUUCAAUCGACCAGUCUUGAGGAACGAACGACAAUGGCUUCUUCUGCUGUUGCAUUCGCUGGCGGGCUGUCUUCUUCUUCUGUUUCUAAUGAAGAGAAUGAACCCCCUCAAAGCAACACUGCAUUAAAUGUUGUGGGAGUGGGCGGCCUUGGGGGCCAUCUGUACCCUGCCGCUGCCUUCUCCGUAGCUCCCAGCGACAACGAGAAGACAGCAGCUUCAGGAAGCGGCAGCGGCCUCAGACACCCUUCUGCUGCUGCUGCUACAGCAGCAGCUGAGGGCUCUCCUAACGCGCUCGCUCUGCUUCCGCUGCAGCGUUGCCCUUCUGCUGCUGGUGCUGCUGCUGCUGCUGUUGCUGCGGCUGCAUCCUCUUCCCCCUCCAGCGAGCAGCCCUUGGCUCUCUCUUACGGAAAUGAAGCCCCAUGGGAGGCGUUUGCUGUUCUUUCAAGCGCCCCUCCGCCUGUGCGCGAGUUGUGGCGAGUUUCCUUCGAGCCUAAGAAAUUACGCAAAAGACAGGUGCUGCUGCAGACGGAUCUCAGGGUCGUUUGCAGUUGGGUUUCAGCUCGGCUGGAGGAAGAUUUGCUGCCUCCUUGUGGGGUGACUGCUGAUGACGCUGCGUUCUCUGCUGCAAGUGCGGUGUACGGACAGCUGGUGCCGCAGCUGCUGUGUGCAACUGCUGUAGUGGCGUCGGGGUUGAUAUCUUUAACGCUGCAGGAGACGAGGGCUCUGUGGGCCCGCCUGCAGCUCCUCGCCUUAGAUGCAACCAGCAGCGCAGCAGCAGCAGCAGCAGCAGGAGACAGCAGCAACGCUGGAACGGUUGCCAGACGGCGCGACGGCCUCGCAGCAUUCUUGGGCCCAACCCGUGGCUUUGGGCGCCGCAAACGGCGUAGGCAGCAGCAGCAGCAGCAGCAAAAGCAAGAUCCCCAAGAAUUCGGGGAAGACACUCCACUGGCGCUGACCGAUGUCGCAGCGAGCAACAGUGCGGAGCCUGAAGUGCUGCUGCAGCACAUCAGCAGCAACCGCAAAGAAGCCCAGAGCCUUCAAGGGUCGGCUGCACUUUCGAGGCUCUUGGGGUCUUUGGGCGAGCCCCAAAGCGCUACUCCCUUCCGGGCAUCUCCGGGUGCUGCUGCGUCUCCGUUUGCUGCUUUGCGGCAGGAGCUGCUGCAGCUGGGGGCCCUAAGGGCGCCGGCCGGUGGGGUUGGUUAUGCUCCAACAGCUGCUUCUGCUGAGAGCAGCACAACAAGCCUCGCUGCUUCUGUGUCUCCUCCUGCUGCACUUGGUGCUGCGCCGGCGCUGGGCUCAUCCCCCAGCAGCUGGCGGCCGGCGGGAGCCAGUGGAGCGAACCAGUGGACCUUGCUGCCGUGGCAGUCGGCUGCUGCUGCAGCUGCUGCUGCAGCAGCAGCAGCAGUGCAGCAGGGUAUCUCGAGGCGCAGUUCAUUCAGCUCUGUGGCGAGUGAUUUGCUGCCGGCUUCCACUCCGCUGCAGCAGCGGCAUCAUGAGCUGUUGAUGCAGGGGCCCUUAAACGUAGAGGUCGCUGUGGGGGCUGCUGUAGACCCUGCCGUAGCUUCUCCUUUUAGGUUGCUGCAGCAGCAGCAACGGCCGCUGCUGCCCUCCGAGCCCUCCUCCGUAGGCAGCGGCAACAGCAAAGACAGAAGGGCCUCCGUCUCAGCUGCCCAUACACCGGAACGCGGUUGGGCCUCAGUUGCCCCGCUGCUGCAGCAGCAAGACGGGGGCCUGGGGGACUGGCAGCUUCCAGAGGAGGAAGCAGGAUGGAGCCACGGCACCCCAACAGAUGCAGCAGCAGCGGGCACGUCAGCAGCUGCUGAGGGCGAACUGGAGAUGGCGUUAGCAGUUCCUGGGCAGCAGCUGCAGCUGCAGCAGCUGGUUGCAAAGGAUAAGCGCAGGCGCAAGGAGAAGCAGCAGCAAAAGGUGCAGCUGGACGAAGCCAUCUCGCGCUCUGCCCUCCAUGCUGCUGCAGCAAGAGGUGCAGCACGAGGUACAGCAGCAGCACGUGGGAGGGUCAGCAGCAGCAAGGCAGGGGCUUAUCGCCUGCAUGAGGCGGUGGCUGCUUCUUUGCGUCUUUUGGAGGCCGGCACGGAGGAUGGCGCUGCCCUCAAGAAGAGUUUCCGUUGCUACUGGGAUAUGGUGGAAAGGCAGCUGCACCUGCGCGCCUUGCUGCAGCAGCAGCAGCAGCAAGAGGAACAGCUCCAGAUGCACCAGCAGCACCUGCUGCUGCAGCGGGGGUCUCGUAAGAGGCUGGACGGAGCAGCAGCAAUAGACGGGAGACGCACUGCUGCAUUCCUGCUCGCCAAUGCACUCUCGUGGGAGAUGCUCCCAGCCCCUGCCCAAGCUGCAGCAGCAGCGCUUCGUGGUUGCUGCCUCGAGGCUUCCGUGCUGCGCGAGACGCUGCAGCAGCAGCUGCAGCAGCAGCAGCAGCAUAGUGCUGCUGCUGCAAAGACACAGGCGGUUUAUACUGCAGCGGGAACUGGCCGAGAAGCCGCCUACAGCGGUGGCGGGCCUGGAGGAGGAGCAGCAGCUGCAGCAGCUGCAGCGACAGCAGCAGCAAGUGGUGCUGGCCGCCUGGAAGGUGAAAAUGUCUUAAGGGCGUUUGAUAGCCCACUGCCGCCCGCAGAUUUCAUAGAAGAGAAGGACUCUGAGCCGUGGGCUGAAGGCACCUGGCCAGACACACUGGAAGAAUACCCCCAGCAGCAGCAGCAGCAGCAGCAGCAACAACAGUUGCAGCAGGCAGUGCAGCAGGGGCAUGGGGGAACGCCUGAGGAUCGAGGCUCUGCGGAAAAGCAACAGCACCAGCAGCAGACUCCCCGCCAGCUUGCAGCCCCAACUGCUGCUGGGGCUUCUCGGGCCCCUCGAGGCGUCUACAGAAAAAAAGACGGAGAAGUUAUCCUCCUGGGGCCUUCUGCUGCUGAUCUGUUGGAGUUGGUAGAAAGGCAGUACGUGCCGGGGGCUGGAGGGGUUGGCCGGCGUCCGUACACUUCACCACAGCAGCAGCAGCCUGCUGCUGCUGCUACUGAUGGAGCAGCAGCAGCUCCUGUCUCGCUGGCGACGCUAUUGCAGGGCCGCAGCCGCCGCACUGCAGCCCAAGCCUUCAGAGAUGCGCUGCUGCUGCAUUCGCACGGUCUCUGUCUUCUGCAGCAGGCAGCUUCAGAUCCUUCGGAAGACUCUACCGCGGGCCAGAGUCCACCUCCUCUCUUUAUCUUCUCACAGGAUGCCGCGCAGGAUGAACAACUGCUCGGCAGCGCUGGACGGCACGCAGCUGCAUCAGCCACGCCAUCUGCAGGUGCAACAGCAGCAGCAGCAGCAGCAACGGGAACGCCGGCUACCCAAGGAAGAGCUGCUUCUCCUGAUAGUGGGGGAGCGACUCCGAGACUACCGCGUGGAGCAGCAGCAGCAGCAACAGCAGCAGCAGCAACAGCAACUCCCGUUGCUGUUGGAAGACCAGCCUUUUUACCAGGGUCACCGCAGGCAUCUCCUCCUGCCUUAGCCCAUGCGCCUUCUUCAGCUACAUCGGGGAAUGCAAUAAAGGAGCAGGCAGCAAAACUUGCUGCUGCUGCAGCUGAUGCUGCAGCAGCAGAAGCAGAAGAGCGAGGCGUGGAGCCGAUUAGCGAUGAGCAGCUGGAGCAGGCGGUGCAGUGGUUGGUGAUGGGGCUUCUAGACCGUCUUCAAGAGGAAGCGCGAGUGCAUGCGCAUGCGCUGGUUAGCUGGUUCGUAAGCGAGUUGCUGCCUACAACGGAGUUGGCAGGGGUGGCGUGUGCUGCUGCGUGGGAGGCGAAGGCUGUCUAUGCCGUCUGCACCCUGAUAGACGAGGGGGUUUUCUUAGCAGCAGCUGCUGCUCCUGAAGAGGCCCCUCUGGCUCUCUCGGCCCAGCAUGCUGGCAGCACUUUGCAAUGCCCCUUCUGGCUUGAGGGGGUAGCAGAAGUAGAUUAG